GGGUGGCGGGAGCGCGCAGGCGGGCGGGCGGGAACGCGCGGGUGCGGCGGGAGCGGCCCCCGGUCCGGGCCCGGGAGCUGAGCGAGCGGCGCGGCGCGGCGCGGCCGCAGGAGCAGCGGGGAGUCCGCGGCCUGAGCCGGGCCCUGCGGGGCCUGCUGGGCGAUGUUUCUGCUAUCGUCCACACUCCCUCGAGGUGAGCUGUGCCUAAGAUGCAAAGGUUGCCUCUGCACUGCUUCAGGUCUCUGCUGCCGAGGAGGGAAGGUGUUCUGCUGUUAGACAGACUGACUUGCCUUGGCCUGAGCUGUUUCCUUCGCUUCUUCCGCCUGGCCUGUUGCCGAGCUGUCCCCUGCCCUCUGACGAGCCGGGGUAUGAUGUACGCAGCCCAUUACCACGCCUGCAAGCCGCACAACACCUGGGCCGCAUAUCUGGAACAGUUCCCUCACCUGCACCAGGGAAGGCACAAUGGACACAAGCAGAACCGCCAUCACCACCACCACCACCGCAUCAAGAAGAAAACCUGGAACUUCAUCCACGAGAAGAUGAGCUAUGACACGUUCUUCACCAUGAAGCGGCUGAUCGACCGCUCGCGGACUGUGGGUGAGGUGCUGCGCUGGGUGACACAGAACCCUGGCAAAAUCUCCUACAACCAUUACCCCAUUGCUCUGCAGAAGAUUGGCCAGGUCCUGCAGCAGCGACCUGGAGGGGCCAAUGAGGAGACCGUCCACAGCCAGAUGUUGGAGCUGGAGGAGUUCCAGACGCUCUGUAGCUCCAUCGUGGCUGACUGCUCCAAGUUCGACAACUUCAGCAUUGUGAAUUGUCUGUAUGCGGUCGCUGCCUUGGGUCUUCCCAGUGAUUCCAAGAUCGUUCAGGUCCUGGAGGAGGAGUCGCGAGUCCGGCUCACGCAGUUCAACCAGAAAGAUAUCUCUAUGGUUUUCAGCAGCGUCAUGAAACUGCACCGGUCCACGCAGCACCCGCUGGUGGAAAGCUGCCUCGCUGGCUUGGAGAAGAACAUUGAGAAGGAGCGUCACCCCCAGACUCUCUUCCUCUUGCUCUCCUACUACAGGUUGAAGUCCCAGGCACUGCAGUCUGACUCCUACACCAGUGAGCAGCUUCUCAACAACCGCAAGAUCCUGCGGCUGGUCAAGCACACGCUGGGGCACGUCGCCAACGUGAGGGACCACGAGAUGACCCUGUUGGACGAGAUGUUGGCCACGUGUUGUCGGGAGGCCAGCAAUAAGUCACUAGAGCUGAUCUUCAGCUCUCAGAUCUUCUAUGAAAAUAGACAGGAAAAAUUCAUCAGCAGCCUGGCAGAGGAACUUCCCAAAAAGGUGGACAGCAUCACCCCCUACACCAUGGCCCUGAUAGCAAAAUAUAUUGCCCGUCAUCGACUACGUGAGAGCAAACUUCUGGACACCAUUGCAGAAUUCCUCAUCAAAAAGGGCGACUAUCUGGACAGUAAGGUAAUUCAGAAACUGGUUUUUCCGUUCAGUCGGAUGAACUACAAACCUACCAACUCAGCCAAGUUCUUUGAAAAGCUGGAAUCAGUGCUGGAGAUCAAGGCUAUGAACUCGCCCCUGGCCACUGUCAACAUCUUUAUGUCUAUGUUCCAGCUUGGCCAUUUCCCUGGAGCCAUACUUGACCGAGUCUUCUCAGCUGCAUUCGUCAAUAAUGUGAUGAAUAGUCCAUAUGGGUUGAUUGUGCGCCGGUACCUGUCACUGCUGGAUGCUGCCAUCGAGCUGGAAUACCGUGACUACAAGGGUCCUCGACUGGAAGACAGGUACAAAGUUAUGAUGUUUGACCGCGUGCUGACCGCAGACGAGGUCAACAGGAAGUACAGUUAUAAAGGCCUGGUGGCAGAAGCUUUGAGGCAGCUGCUUGGUGAUCAAUGUUACAAGCAGGAUGAGGUUCUUCCCCCAGGAUAUUACACAGACUUCUUGCUGUGGAUAAAUGGUUCUGGCACUGUCCUUCACAUUAACGGGACCACUCCCAGUGCUGGCACUCCUCUGUGCCCCUCCAUCCCAAGUACAAAACCCACCGAGAAACCCAGUGCUCUGCACACCCAACCCGACAUCUCUUCCCUGACCUCGGACUUCCAGAAGUUCUCGCCCUUUUGUCACAACGACGUGACACCGAAGGAGAAGAGAGACGGCGAUCGCGUGGUUGAUGUAGAUUUUCUCAGUCGCACCCGACCCCCAGGAAGUGGUGGAUCUUCCAAUGCAGCUUCCAUCUUGACAGGCACCACAAUCGAGUACACCUACUACUCGUCCUCGAACUACUACAACAGUCUGACCAAGGAGCAGUCGCUGGAGAGUCAGGAGAGCUCCACACUUAGUAGCCCGUCUGACUGCUUGAACCAGGCACCCAAUAACACAGGUUGCUCACCUGUCAUCAGCUCCAAUUCCCUUUUCCAGUUCCCCAUCGGAAAGAUCCUGAACGAGGACACAGAGACAACGUCCCAGAACCAAGAGCACAAUCUCUUCAGAACAGAGCAGUCUGCUCCAAGCUUUUAUGACACCCCUCACUAUCCUGAGAACCAGGGCAGGGUGGUACAGGGGGAGCUGGUGAGUCCAGUGCCCCCACCUCUACAACUCUCCAGCCCACUGCUGACUGACAAAGAGAGGUGCCAGGACAGCGAUCAAGUGAACAGGAUUGUGAUGUCGGUGAAUGACAAAUGGCAUUACUGCCACAACUCGGACGUGCUGGUGGGGUCUCGGGCAAUGCGGGAUCGACACCUGCGCUUACUAGGAUAUACCGUUUUGCAGCUGCCUUACCAUGAGCUGGAAAAGCUGAAUGGGAUCGAGGAAGUUAAACAGUAUUUACAAAAGAGACUCCUGGAUGUGCAGUUAUGACGAUCAAAGACUAGAUUCUUUUGUACCUUCUCCCGUUUGUACUUGGAGAGUCGGCAGUGGCCCUGUUGGCAAUCAGACCUCGGCAGAUUGUAGCGCCGAUCCCGUUGGGAAUUCUGGGAUUGCUCCGAUGUUUCUUUCUCCCUUCCUCUUUUACUUUGGAGUGUAAGAAGUGUGUCUCCUGGUUUUACUGUUUUUAUUUGUUUUUUGUGUGUUCACAUGCUAACUACUGCCAGAUGUCUUGUACCAUUUCUGGAGAUGACAGACUGUUAACCAGUGACCCUCGGUGCAUGAGUGCUGCUGGUUUGUUCUGGGUAUUUUCACAGGAAGUUUCACAAAAGGUCAGUCUUGGAGUUUUAAUGGAGUGUUCAUUGGCCCCUGCGGAGUGGGUGCCAACCACCCCAGCGUCUGCCUCUGACCAACUUCUGAUGAUCAGUGCUGUUCAGAUAAAGUGAGGGGACGUGGGACUUAGCUGUAGCUUCAGUCAGACUCCGUCUCCCUGACCGAGGGGGAACACAGGCAGAGACCCCCAGACAGACCACGGGUAAAAGAACCUGACCUCAAUGCCCCCUCCCCCCCCAACUCAUCGACAGAUAGCCCAGGUCCCCCUCCCACCACCCCAAUACUGGUUAGCAGGGGUCAGAGCAGCACGGAACAGCCAUGUGGGCACCUCCACUCCUGCCUUUGUCGUUGGCCGCACGGUUUAUGGUGACUGAGCUUUGCAAGAUCAGGUGGUCACAGAAACAGAACCACUUGUAGAAGGCCGACAUUUAUUAACUUUUAACAGGUGAGAGUGCAGCUCCUCGAACCACGGCAGUUCUUCUGGUGAAGGUGCUCCCGUGGUAACGUUGGAGAGGCAACCCCAGGACUUGGACCCAAGUCAGGAUGAGGCUCCUCUGGGGUCUGUGGAAGUGGGGGAUGAUCUAAAGGUGGUGGCAUUACUGUGUAGCUGUUACUCUGUCCUCCCAGGCGGUACAAGACCAGUGAGAGGUCUGCUGUCGAAGGAGCCUUGGCAAAUUGCUACAGUGCCUGUUAUGGGUUCACUGCAGCCAUCGAGGGCUGGUGGUACAGGCUGGUGCCAGUUAAGCAGGCUGCUCUGGCCUUGACAGGGUCAAGCUGCUGGGAUGUGAGGAGGGAAAUUAGCCAGACCUUCUGAUGGGCUUUGUCACUUGUUGCCAGCCUGACCAUUGCAUCCACGUUAACCACUCUUUACUUCUGCAUGAUGUAAAUUUAAUUUAACAGUUGGAGGAUUUUAUACAAUAAGAUAAACCUUGAUCCUUUGUGGGGGCUGAAGUGGAAAGGGUUUCCUAUUACUGUUCCAUUAGAGGGGUGACUAGAUUCCCAACUGCCCCGUGGUGGGGUGUAGGAUAGGGGUGACGGUAGUUCUAUUUGGUUGAGGGACUGAGGGCACAGGUGACUGGCCAGGAGAGAGGAGGCAGUGAGAAUCUGUCCCCCACCUGGUGGUAAGUUUGUGAGCUGAAUUAAUUCCACAAUCCUUGAAGUGGGUUCAUCUCCUCACUGGAUGUGUUUGACUGUAGUUAACUGGUAAUGGUCUAUUAGUGUGUGGGUUGUAGGUAGUUACGGGUGUGCAGAAUGCAAGUCUUGAAUCCCAACUGGGUGGGGAUGUGGGACUGAACAGGGGGAGGGAACAAAAGUUUAGUGUUUUAAACUUGGUUAGGUUUUGGCUGGUGGGUUUGGUGGAAAUGGGGUCUCCAGGUUGUGGGUUUAACAUGUGAAUGAAUGAGGAACUGCUGAAAUUCUGACACAUCCAUCGGUAUCAGGGUGAUGUGUGUUUGAGGUCAAAUAGGAUUUUUUAAUAAUCUACGUGUGUUUGUAGGGUUGCCACGAGGUCUGGGUGUGGUUCUGGGUACGUGUUUACCACAGGAGAAAAUACUAAUGGGCUAGAAUCCCAAACACCUUCAAAUCUGGGGUGGUAAUUCACCAUGGAUGUAGCAGUCCAGGGGGUUUUGGAAGGGAUAAUAAAGUAACUGGGAAUAAAAAAGGAAAUCCUC